GGUUGUCAUUUUUUAUGUUACUUAGCGGGAUAUGCCUUUAUAGCAGCACGUUAUUAACUGAACAAGCCCAUGACUAGCCUAUUGAUCGAUGUCCUCUCAUGUAACCAGUUUCUGUAAAAAUUUCAUUAUCGAACAGGAUAUAAUAUCCUUAUCUAAUAAUUUGACAUCACAUUCAACUUUUCUUUUUCCUAAGACAACAAACCUGUUUCACUACUUCUGAUUCUCUUCUCCUUUUAUGAUUUUCCAUCUAUUCACUUAGACAUAUUACUAGCCGAUGAUGAAGUGCCUAGAAUUGAUCAGAAGAAGCCUCAUGUGGUACCUAGCAUCCAACUUUUUGGUUUCCUUUGUUGACCUUUGUAAACCACAUGACUUGAAACUUCACUAACGUGUAUUAUUAAUUUAUUAUCUCUGAUGCUUUCACGACUAUCACCAAAAUCCCGUUUGCUGCAGAGAAGCUUGGAGUCCACAACUCCACAUCAUGAUUUACUAGGAGAAGGAACUGGAUUUCGAAAACCAGAUGGCGAAUAACGCUAGCAGUUGCCAGAACUUACCAAGACAAAAGCAAUUUAUUGUUCAGAUCUAGAUUGUAGAGUCUCCGACAUGAAUUACAUACCCAGAUCUAUAAGAGCCACCGGAGGAUGUCAAGUUGAUUUCUGGAGCUUAGUUUUCAGCCAGGGUUGUGAUGUUACAAUUAUAAGGAGCGUGAAACGAUGAGUAUAUAGUUUUGUGUUAUUCACUUGACCUCCAGCGACAUGUGAGGGAAAAGGUAUUCUGAUCCGUUUUCCAGCAUAGACUUCAUUGACUUACAAGAAUUUUCUGAUCAGCUUUGUUUAGGUUUUUCUCCGGCAUGAGUAAAGUGACAAGUUCAAUCCUAAUUCCAACAAAGACCAUGAACUGUGGUGGUUUACGAGAAUGUAGUAAGACUCCGACGAGGGAGGCAUGGCUUGGAGAGGAGAGAUCAUGUUUUUUUCCCGGUAAACCACAUAAUACGGUGGUCGAUUAAUUGCCGCCGCCGGAGCAGUGUACAUGAACAAGAGGAGAUCUUGUGGUGGAGCGACAUUAUAAAUUAGAGGCAGUAUGUACUGGAUCCUGACAUUGAAGCACAAGUGAGGAAAGCAUAUGAAACCAACUUUACAUUAUCGAUAACAUGUGGAGGAGUUUCAAAGCUUACUUAGACACACCCUUAAGUUCAAAUAAAUACUCAAAAUCGUGAGAAGGGUGAAGAGUCGUCAACACAUAACUCAUAAUGGUUCUUCUAUCUAAACUUCCAGAAAAAUCUUCGUCUUCUUCGUCAACUCAUGGCCAUAGCUCACUAACUCAUGUUCAUAAUUCAUCAACUCAAGAUCAUAGAUAUGAUGUAUUUUUAAGUUUUAGAGGUGUUGACACUCGUCUUAGUUUUACUAAUUAUCUUUAUGAGGCUCUUAUAGAUGCCAAUAUCACUACCUUCUUGGAUGAUGAAGAGAUUGAAACAGGGGAAGAUCUGAAACCGGAAUUGGAGAGUGCAAUUAAGGCAUCUCAGGCUUCUAUUAUUGUGUUGUCAAAAAAUUACGCUUCUUCAACAUGGUGCCUUGAUGAAUUAGUAUUGAUCCUUGAGCAGCGUAUGAAAUCCAACCAUAAUGUCAUCCCAAUAUUUUAUCAAGUGGAGCCCACCCAUGUCACGAAGCAACAAAGUAGCUUUGGAGAUGCAAUGUCUAAGCAUAAACAGAAAAUGGAUGAAGAGACAGAAGAAAAUAAAAGAAGUCAAUGGGCUCAAAAGAUAGACCGAUGGAAUAAAGCACUUAUCGAAGUUGCUAAUUUAAAAGGGAAUGACGUAAAUGGCACGUAAGUAGGUAACCACAUUCACCCAUAUGAAAAAUGUCAAUAUCAUCUUCACCCUAUGCAUUUCGGUAAGUUUGUUAAUAUCAUAGAAUAGACAUAUAAUUCAUAAAGUAGGAUAACCAAGAUGCACAAAGUUGAAUCCAUGUUAUCUGAUCUGAUAAAUCAAUUUAUAUAGAUAUAUUAACUAUUCUGAUAUUUUUUACACAUUUUUCAUGUAUUUAUUUAUUUUUAAUAGCUCCUAAUCUAAUCCUAAACUACACCAGUGUCUCAAGCAAGACUUGUAACAUCAACCUGUUGGAGGAAGAUACCUUUUCCAACUCCUGAUACCGCUAGGCGAUAAGCCCUUUGGUUUCUACAUAUAGUAUUUAAAAUAGUAAGACACAACAAUAAGAAAGGAAGAGAUCAUGCCACAUCAUAUACAUAAAGGUUUUAGGUUAGCUAGUUGCAUUAUUUGGUCCUAAUUUAAAAUAUUGUUGUAUAUUAUAUAUGUAACACCCAAAGUUUUGAAAGCCAAGAAAGUAAAGGAAACCCUAAAAUUAAGGGGGACUCGGCGAGUCCGAGCGGGAUCCGAGUCGAUGAGUAAGUGACCGACUCGGCGAGUCGGCCAAGGUGACUCGGCGAGUCUGGUGUGUGCGAGGAAAGCCCUAAUUCCGGGAGUUGUAUCAUAUUUAAAGGGUGUUAUGUCCCUCCCUCAGCCCCCAUAUCAACCCAGAGGACCUAUAAACACUUUAAUUCGUGAAAGCUUCCAUCAUUGGGAGAAAUAGCUUUGGAGGAAGGAAACUUUGGAAAGGAACUUGAAGAUCAAGAAGGUUGCUGCAAAGGAAAGGUGUAUACCCGAGAUCUACUUCAGUUUGUGUUCAUCCUGGAGGUAUUAAGCUGCCAUUUUCCCCUUCUUUGCAUCUAGAUCUAUUUUGUCUUGAGAUUUGGGGGUUUAUGGUUGAUUGAGACCCAAAUCGGAUUAGGGGCUUAGAUAUGUUGUUGCCACUUCAGAUCUAUUGUUGGGUUGGUCCAAUAUGUCAUAAAGCAUCAGGAGAUGAGUAGUUGGUAAAGCCCUUUUGUCCUUAAACCAAACCCUAGUAUGUUUUGAGCCUAGAUCUCUUUAGUUAUACGUAAAGUUUGUAACUUUACGUAGGGAUUGAGCUUUGGAAGUAUGGAUCUAUGGUUUGGAGUCCCUGCAUGACUCAAAAGUCCUCUGCAUGUGUGUUUAACCGAUUGGACUCGGCGAGUCCUUCGAGUGGACUCGGUGAGUAGCUUGAAGAUGAGGAGGAACUCGACGAGUGGGAUGAACAGCUCGUCGAGUUGGAUGAAGAUGGGCAUGAACUCAGCGAGUUGGAUGAACAACUCGGCGAGUUGGUUGAAGAUUGCCUUGUACUCGGCGAGUCUGUUCUUAGACUCGACGAGUCAGGUCGCGUGGUCCCAAACCCUUCGAGUUAAGGCUCGAGUCAGCGAGUCGAGCCAGGACUCAGUGAGUUGGACAGGACAGGAAUCGGGAAUCAGCAGACUCGGCGAGUCAGGGGCUGACUCGGCGAGUCAAGUCGCGAUUGCAAGGACUUUGAGCCUAAGAACUCGGCGAGUCAGUAUGUGGACUCGGCGAGUAGGGUUGACCUGGAAGGUUGACUUCUACCAAGACUUUGACUUAGACUAGAGUUGAAUUGGUUGACUGCCGGGGGUCAGUUAGACUAAGUGUUUCAUUGAUAUUGAUAGCUCGGGAAGCAAGUAGAGCAUGAGUUCAGUGAGUGGUCGGGCAGCAACCAGUGGGAUCAUCAGCAAGAUCAGCCAGUGCAGGUGAGUUUCCCUUUUGUGUGAAUGGGUCUACGGCCAAAAUGCCGGCCCAUGUAGUUGUGAGUAGAAGUCCCGGGGGUUAGCCCUAGGCACAGUAUGCUAGCAUGAUAUUCGGACGAGGUCCAAUGAUAGAGGGCGGGUGCCCAAGGAAUGGUUUAUGUGAUAGUUUAUACUUGUUGUCUGUGUGAUACUUGUAUGUGCCUGGUAGGGAGCUGAGUGUGGGCGAGGUCCCGUAUCUUACCAAUAGCAGAGUGUGGAUGGUGUUCCACAUCUCAGUAGCAGCUGAUCAGGGGCGAGGCCCAUGUUACGAAAGGGUGAGUGUGGGCUAGGCCCGUAUCUCACUAUCAGUAGGAGUAUGGACGGGGUUCCAUGACUCAUCAGUAGUAGGACACGGGCAGGGCCCAGAGAUAGGCGAGGCCUUAGAGCAAUAGCUGUUUGUAUAUGUUUAGCUUAUGUGUUGUUAUGUGAUAUGUGUAUGUGCUAUUAUAUGUUAGUGCGCGGGGCCCUGAGACAAGCGGGGCCUAAGUAAAACAGAUCUGUAUCCGAGCGGGGCUCAAAGCCAGGCGGGGCCUGGAGCGGCGGGGCCGUUAUAGCGGGCAAGGCCCGUGGUAAGGGGCGAGGCCUAGAAUAGCGGGCGUGGCCCAGUAUUUGCAGUUUGUUUUAGUUGCAGCUAGAUAGAGGGCGUGGCCCAGUAUGUGCAGUGUACAGUUAUGUGCAUGGUAUGUCGUAGGGUGGGGAACUCACUAAGCUUCGUGCUUACGGUUUUCAGUUUUGUUUUCAAGUACUUCUGGUAGCUGAUGAUGGAGCUCGGGGUGAUCGCAUGGCACACACCAUAGGAUUGUCAACCUGGGAAUGUUUUAUUCUAAUAAUGAACAUGUGUUUGAAAACUAUUAAUGUUAAUUAUGCUUUGAAUCAAUGAUUUUACUUUAAGUAAUAUUUUAUUAAAAGAAAUUUUUAGUCUUGAAUUUUGGGUUGUUACAAGUUGGUAUCAGAGCCUUGGUUUGAGGGAUUCAGACAUGCUCUCGGGUGUGUCUGAACUCAAACUGGGGAAUUGGUAUAAAAGUUUUUAAAACAGAAAGACAUUUUUGUAAAAGAGGGUUUUGAGAAAGAAAAUGGUUUUAGAAAAACACAGAGAAUUGAGAAAGAAAAGAACUUUGAAAAGAGAAAAUGGGUGUGGUGCAUGCAAUCAGCCGAGCUCAAGUAAGUACCCCAAAAUACCCAUACAAGUUUAUGAUUUUAUUAUCAGUUAGUAGAACUGCAUGCUAGAAUAGGGCUAAGGAUCUAGGAAGGAUGCCUUAUAUGCCUGAUUAUGUGUUUUGCGCUGCAUGUUUAUGCUGAUUAGACAGUAGUGGGAUAGCCUGUUUAGGUUAUGCCUGACGUUAUGAGUUGUGCUGCAUGCUAGAUCAGAUUCUUGCUAUGUGUAUAUGAUUGCUUGCGUAUGUUAUGGUUAGCUUUUACCUUGUCCGAAUGCUGCUUGCUUUGUGCAUUAUGGGAUUUUGAGUGAUGGGAGUUAGCUAUUAGGUGGAUAUGCCACGUCACAUGUAAUCAGGGUUGUAUAAUCUCAGAGUGCUGGAUUUGGCCCUAUUUCGCAGCUCUCGUUUGAGUCUAACCGUUGUAGGGACGAGUCUUUUACUCGAAGGAUUAUAUGAGCCUCGUCACAUGUGAUGGUAUCCAGGUAAUGGCUAAUUGGCAUCGCGAGGAAGCCUUCAGCAGCUGAGGACUGGUUUGAGUUGAGUCAGAAGUUUCCCUAGGGUCAGCCUAGGAUGAGGUAGUGCUGGGAGCAGAAUUAGUAGCAAAGGGACCUAGUGGAGUCAAGGCAGUUCUUGAGGAAAGUACGGAUAGAUGUGGAAGGUAGUAUGGGCCCGUACUACUGAAAGCAGAGGAUCCGUACUCGAUUCGGGAAAGGCCAAGACAAGACUGAGAACCUGUUGGUGCGUGUUUUUGGGUCUCGCAGCAGUGGUAAGCGUUCUGAUAGUAAUUGUGUUGUGAGUGCAGAAUGGUGACGUUGCGAGAGAGACCAGUGGGCGGAUCAGGCGCCGGAGAAGGAUCAGGCUCGGGUUCAGGAAUCGAGUAGCUCGAGGAGCGUAUGAGGGAGUUGAUAUCAGCGGAAGUUACGCGCAGUAUUCUAGAUCAGACUCCUGUGAUCUUUGGCACGGUCAAGGAGGGCAUACUGGAGAUUUUAGACGAGAGGCUGGGAGCCUUCCAUACCGAGAUGAUGGCUUUGUUGGGAGCGCGUACUCUGACAUUCCGAGAGUUCAGGGCCUGCGGGGCACCAGAUUAUCAUGGGGCUAGGGAUCCCAUUACUAGCAGCAGAUGGUUGGCUGAUGUUGCCAAUGCCUUUCGUACAAGCAAGUGUCCCGAGGGGGACAAGGUUAGACUCGCCUCCUGUCUUCUGAAGGACAGAGCGAGGGAUUGGUGGGAAGAGAUUGGUCAUGCCCUGGGAGACGAUGCCGCGUUGGACGCGAUGACAUGGAGUGAUUUCUCGGCCAUGUUUAGAGCGGAGUUCUCACCGACUAUUGAGGUGCAGCAGCUGGCACGAGAGUUUCAGGAUUUGAGGCAGACUACUGAGAUUGUGGCGGAGAUCACCGCCAAGUUCAGGGAGAGGGCUCUUCUCGUGCCGCAAUAUGUCGCGGAUGAGGAGAUGAAGAAGGCCCGAUACCAUGAGAUGUUGAGGGCUGACAUCAGGGAGUUUGUGAGCAGGUCCGGCUGCAAAACUUUGGAAGAUAUGAUUUCUCGGGCCAGGGAAAGGGAAAUUGAUUUGGAGCAGAUUCGGAAAAGGAAGCCGGAUGAGGUUCAGGUAGCUACGGGUUCGGGCAAAAGGCCCAAGGGAUCGGAUUCGAGAUCGAGGGAUUAUCAAGACCGCAGUUGGUGCGGAAAGUGUGGCAGGACGCACGGGGGCGCGUGCAGGAGUGGUAGCGGUGGUGAGUCUGGCUGCUUCAAGUGCGGUCGGACUAGUCAUUUUAGCAGAGAUUGUACUGUUACCACCGCACAGGGAUCUGAUUUGAUAUGUUUUCAUCGCAACCAACGGGGCCACAAGAAGGCCCAGUGUCCCAGUUUGCUUUCGGCAGGACGGGUGGUGGCACCCGCCCCUGCAACCAUGAGGCUCACGGAUGGCCGUCAGGGCCGGGUAGUGGCACCUGCAGCAGGGAGCAGGGCUUUUCAGAUGACGACCUCGGAGGCACGGGCAGCGCCGGACAUGGCAGGUAUGCGACUUCUGUUUUCAGUUCUUUUAUUUGUGUAUGAUUAUAUUGUUAUGGUUCUGCAUCAGUAUCGGUAUAAGUAUUUUAUUUUGGGUAGUUGAUUGUGAUCGAGUUGUAUGCCAUCUGCAUACCUUGGAUAUUUGUAUGAUAGUUAGGGGAUGUGCCCUAUUGAAGAAGGUCUCGAAGGAUGCAGUAACUGUAGCAUGCUUGGGAGGAAUUUGGUACGUCUCGCUAGUUCGGGACGACCUAGUGUUAGGGAUGGAUUGGUUAGAUCCCUAGCUAUGGCGGGCUUGGGUUCCUUAGCAGAAUGAUAUUGGAAUGGCAGCAAACGAUCGGGAUCUCUUUUGAGUAAUCAAGCAGCGAGGGGUAAGCAGGAUCGAAGUGGGGGAGAAUCCUCCGAGUGUGCCCAGGCAGGAGCAUGCAGCCGCAGAGUGAGUAGAGGACCUCCGAGGGGGAAAAGCAGUAGUUCAGCGUUGAUGGACUGAAGGUUCAGGAUUGGGAGUUUUAGAAACGCUUCGGCAGCUAGCGCGUGCGAUGGUGAUGGUUAGUGCGUGGAUAGGAAUUCAGGUUGUGGAUUGCCCGAAGGACUCGCGGGAGUCGGAAUAAGGAUCUUGAGAGCUAGUGGCACAUGAGUGCCUUCGUACUAGCAGUCAGCAUUGGGUGGUGAUGUAAGACUACGGGUAAGCCGUAGCAUUCCUUAGUAGAUUUGUUAGCGGAGUUGGGGCGAGGCCCUUACCUCCUAGUGAUCAGAUAGGGAUCAGGAAUGGGUAGUGGAUGCGAAUGAUAGGGAGUUGCCUGUUUAGCCCUAGAAAGGGAGACCUUGGGAGAGGACACUCCAGAAUAUAGUGGGUGAGACCCGUGGGCGAGGCCCGUAUGAGACUAGCAGUAAAGGUGAGACCUGAGAGCAGGGUUGCUCAGUAGUAUGGUUGGGUGAGACCCAUGGGCGAGGCCCGAG